AUGGAUCCAGACUUGCAGAUGACCAGUGCCAGGACGUUUCGGCCCAGGAUGACCGUUGGAGCCGAUGAGGAUGUCUGCCAACUGUCGCAGAAAGCUGGAAGUGCUGCCCGUCACACAUAUGAUGUGGGCUAUUCCAAGUGGGAUGCCUUUGAUGUUGAGGCCGCACUUCAGGAGGUGGAUCGUUGUGACUCCUAUCACAGCUGCCGUGUGAGCAAGGUGGAUCUGAAGGCAGUUGAGAAUGCCAGGGAGUCCAUUGAUCGCAGUGCAGACCCCAAGGACAUGCUGGAUCAAGCCAUCUCCAAGCUAAAAGCUCAAGAAGUACAGGAGUCGAUGCCUGCGAAAGAGGCUGCAGAUGAAGUGACUGCUGCAGAAGUGAAGGAAAAUGCCGCCAUUGAUGAUGAGACUGAUCUCUCCAACAUUUGCCUGGCAGAUGCCGGGGACACAACAGGUCACCAGCUAGCAGCGGAGUACCAGAAGUGGGAGGAGUUUGAGGACAUGGAUGAUUUGGAAGAGGAUGGCAUGGAUUGUGUGGAUUCCAUGGGGAUGGAUUUGAACGCCCUGACUGGACCAGCAGAGGAGGUGAAGCAGAUUCAGGCGCAUUGGCGCCGGGAGGCUGUCAAGAUGGCGAAGUCAAGCAGGAAAGCGGGUGCUAAGGGUGCUGCGGGUGCUGCGGGUGAUGCCAAUGGAAGUUCUGCAAAUUCUACCAGGGUGGCGGUGGAAGUGCGACCCAAAGUGGACACGCAACAUUUCACACCAACAGGGCCAGUGCAGGAGAGGCCUUGUGUGGUAGCGCCAGCCGCAGGGCGAUUUGAUGACAACUAUGCAAAGUGGAAGAAGUUUGAUGCAGAUGCAGCAUUGCUGGAGCUAGACAAUGAGGAUACCACUGAGGAGGGGAAAACGAUGCGACUUUCAGCCGGACAAGGUUCAGCGAUGCUCAAUUGUGAAGGUUAUACCAAGGACCGCGAGGAGUAUGACCUGGACCAAGACAUCGAGCGCAACAUGGGAGGUCUGAAAAAGAUCAUCGCCCAGAACUUCAAAGAUGCAUCUGGCCUGAAGGCCGAGGGGAACGAGCUGAUGAGAUCCGGUCAGGUGGCAGGGGCCAUCCAAAAAUAUCAAGCUGGUCUCGACACCUUACACCUGGCACGGGAAGCAUCUGUCUUGAUGAGCGCAUCCUUAGCUGCAAAGCAGUCCAGCUUGGUGGCGGACCUCUACAAGAACCUCUCGGCGGCGCAGCUGAAAAGCAACGACUUCACGGCUGCGCUCAGCAGUGCCGAUGCGGCGAUCCAGGCCUGCGACGAUGAGAAAGCCAGAUACCGCCGAGCCAUGGCCUUGCUUCGGCUGAAGCGGAUCCCAGAAGCUCGGAAGGAGGCGGAAGCUUUGGCUGCUGGAGAUCCAGCUGUGCAAACACUCUUGGCCGAGGUGGCAGCGUGCAGCUAGAGG